UAUUGAUUUUUCAUUUCAGCAAAACACAGACACAAACAAAAAAACAAACAAACAGAGGCGACCAGAUAAUCAUCAAUGGCGACAUCGAAAUUAGUAAAAGCUAUUUUAGAUCCACAGAAAAACUGGUUCGCUGCUGUUCACAAGAAAACCAUCGCCGAACGCCUCACCAAAUACGGGUUGAGAUAUGAUGAUUUAUAUGAUCCAAUGGAGUCUUUGGAUAUUAAGGAAGCAUUGAAUAGGCUGCCACGUGAGAUUGUGGAUGCUAGAAACCAACGUAUUCUGCGUGCCAUGGAUCUUUCCAUGAAACAUGAAUACCUUCCCUCUGAUCUCCAGGCGCAACAGACACCAUUUAGGAGUUAUCUUUCUGACAUGCUGGCUCUGGUAGAAAGGGAGAAAGCAGAACGUGAAGCCUUGGGAGCAUUGCCUCUUCAGCAACGCACAUUGCCGUGAUUUUACCAUUUAGCUAUGCUUUGGAUUCCAGUUGGUGUUGCAAAUAAACGAAGUACUAUUGCUGAAUGGUAUGCUUGCGAAAAUCACUAUAUUCUGUUUCUUAUAUGCUUGGCAUCCAAAGUGGAACUCAGCGUAGUAUUCAAAUUGUUUAAUUAUAAAGGUAUUUUAAACCUGUUGAAAAUUAUUGAGUUUUGGUAUGUACUGGGAUGUUUUUGUUGUUCAUGUCCUUAUUUCAAUUAAAACAGAUUUGAAUCUGAACAAAGACGAUAACAUCUGUGCAAUUGUGCCGAGCAUUAAAUUUGGAAUUUCGACAAA